GAAGAUCGAUCACAGCUAAACUUUGAAAUUUUGAAUGUUUACAAACAACGAAUCAUUUUAUACAAGUUCAGACAUUCUGAUUUCUUCCUUGAUUCGACUUUUACUACACAACUUUCUAAUAUUUAUUUAUUUUUAUGGUUUCUCGUGAGUUGGUGCCCGGAAGUUGCCAAGACUUGGAGAUUAUUCUGCCACAGAUUACUAUGCGGAAAGAUACAUGAGGACUUUGUGAUCCAACAAUUCUAAUUUCUUCAAUUUACUAAAACUGAUCAAAACUCAAAGUUUUUUUUUCUUGAAGAAUAAAACACUAUAGUCAGCAGCUGGCGACUAACCUUUGUGUUGCUAAAUUGAUGUAAUGUGAAAUGAAUGGACACCAAAAUACAAAAAUGAGUGCUCAAAGCAAGGAAUUAUCCCCAAUCAGUAUGCUAACUGAACAACUUUCAAACUUGCAUCUAUCAGAAAAUUCAGGUUUUAUUAACUCUGUGAGGUCUUUUGAUGUCAGAAACUUGUUUUUUGGAAAGAAUACUUUCCUUUCAUUAGAAUCUGGUGAAGAUCAAUGUAUAGAUAAACCUGAAAUAAAAUCACCUGAAACUGAUUCUAAGACAUUUUUUUAUGCUGUCAACAUACCAAAAAAGUCUGAUUUAAGUAAUGAUGGGGAGGAUGUGUCUAAAGAUGACGAUGUACCUUUAGUUUUUGAUAACAAAGGAGAUGCCCUGAAAUUGCUGAAGUUGCAUAAAAAUGCUCGCUACAAGUCAUUUACGUCGAAGGAAGAAGCUGAAAAAUUUUCACUUCAAUCCACUGCAUCUGAAACUGUAGAAACGCCAAAUCCUAGUCUUUCUCCCUUUGAGGAUGAAGAUGGUCUUCCUUCAGUCAAGUGCCAAGAUUUAGUGAUACUCAGAAAAGCAAUUGAGCAAGGAAGUGCUCAAAGCUUUUCACAACUAGUUUGGGAAAAUGCUAGAUACUUGGUGAAUUAUCAUGGAGAUACACCUUCAAUUUUGCAUGAAGGCUUUCGCUACAAUGCACUUCACAUUGCAGCAAGGUGUAAAAAGCCAAUGAUGUGUCAACUCAUCUUAGAUACUCUGAGUGAUCCUAAGUUUUUUGACAAAUUAUACAAAUGUGACCCUCAAAUUCGCACGGAAAAAAUCCACCAUUUGUUAGACCAAUAUUUGAAUAAUCCAGAUAAAAGGCUGGGUGAAACCCCAUUACAUUUUGCUUCUAAGUUUGGUUGUUUAGACACUGUUAAAAUUCUAUUAUCUCACCCACAUUGCAUAAAAGAUAAGAAAAACAAAUAUGGUGAAACUCCUGCUCAAACUAUUUGUACUAGAUGCUCAUCUCCUAAUGAUGUUUUGAGAAAAAAUAUUGAAGAGGCUUUUAAGGGACUGAUGUAUGUUCCUGUUUUAAGAGCAGAAAAUAAUGUACUUCCACCUUGUAUUGAAAAACCUUGUACAAAAGUUGAAAUAGAGCAAAAGUAUUGUUCUUCAAAUAUGAAUGUCAACAGUCCUAACUUGCUGGUGAAAGCAUUUGCUGGUCCAAUGUCUCCUGAAGCGGCUAGGACAUUUUAUAAAAUCUGGAAGAAUCCUUCCUCAACACCACAACGUCAAUCAUAUACUGUGGAUGAACAAAAAUGCAUUCAUAAAAUUCGUUUAACUGACACUGAAAAAGGCUUAGAAAGAGCUGGAAGGAAUAUUGCACAAGAUUUAAAUGCAGAGUGGAUUGAGUAUUGGCCUGUAUUAGAUUGUUUUAUAAAUUUAGCUUCUACUGAGGGCUUGAAACUCCUUGAAUCACAUUUGAAUAAGCAUUAUAUGCAUUUUCUCUUAGCAAUGGGUGAUGCAAGUUUUAAAGAGAAUUGUGAUCCAUUGUCUGAAAAUAACAGCAACCCUUCAGCUUCCAUUCCUAAUUCUGCAUCAUUUGUAAAUCCUCUUGGUCACUACUUGAAUAAUUUUCUGAAAGGACAAAAUGUAGUAUCUAAUGAAGAGGAAGAUGAUGAUGUCUUUUACACUCCUCCGAGUUCACCUGAAUGCCCUCGCAAAGAAAAUAAGCAAACAGAAGUACAUUUAUAUGUGAAUGGGUCGGAAUUGUCACGCUUAGACAUUGAUAUGCUUUUAGCCAUACGGGACAUCAAUAUUGACAGCAAAUUAUAUCCACUUAUAUCAAAAUGGAAAAACUCAAUUCUGUCUAAACUGAGGUCCCUAGAAAAUAGCAAAAACUCGAAAUCGUUAACACCCUUGGCUUCUGUCAGAAUACCGAGGCUUAAAAAGCGUGAAAGUCGAAUUGGUAUAUCCCCAAGAUGUCUCUCUUUUAGCUCUGAAUGAAAUUACUAAUUUCUCAGACUGCUUGUGAUAUCCUUGUAAAUAAUGUGAUGUAUAUUUUUGAAUGAAUAUGAACAGAAAAUAAGUCUUCUUAGCUAUAUCAUUGCAGCUAUAAUUUCAUUGAAAUAUACUUAUUUGAAAACUAUUAUUAAUUAUUUUAAGGUAAUUAUUUUAUACAAAAUUAUUAUGUAUAGCCUCUUUUUUUUCUUCAAAAUAAAAAUACAAUCAAUCAAUUUGUUUUAUACUGCGUUCAAAUAAAAACUUUUAAACACCUAUGGUUGUUAGUGAUAAUAAGUGUAAAUAAUUACUUCAUGAUUACUCCUUUGAUUUUAUGUGGAUAUCCUUAACAAUAUUUUAGAGCUGCGGCCAACUUAUAUGUAUGAAUGGCAUUUUAUACCCUCCGUGUUUACUUAUAAAAUGUUGUUAAGUGUACAUUGCAGAUUGUUAUAAAAUAACAUAUUUAUGUAUGUGUUACAUAUUAUAUAAUGCAUAUUUAUGUAUAUAACAAUGUUUAUAUUAAAUGUCCCAUCCAAAAUAUAUUUUAAUACUACAAAAUUGGAUUUAAUUCUUACAAUUAUUGUUAGGCUUAAUUACAAUAAGUUGUAAGUUACUAGUUAAAUUAAUGGUAUAGAAAGUUUAGAAAAAAAUACAGAACUAGAAAAUAAAGAAGUCAUUCUGCAAUAUAAGCUGUUGUUUUAAUUGAUUUUAUUUUCUUGAAAAUUCAGAUUGAUACUUUCUAGUACAUUGGAAGUUAUUUUAAAUUUUAUUGCAGUUUUAACAUUGCCAAAAAUUCAAAAAAAGUCUUAUACACUAUAUUAAGCUUUAAUAAUUUACAUUCUAUAAACAUGAAGUUUGCAUUCAACUAUUUUAUAUUCUCUAUCAUAGCUAUUGAACAUGACAGCCAUUUACCAUAAAUAGACUUUUAUAUUACUCAAUUUUCAGAUUUAAAGUUCUUAAUAGUUCACUUUUUUUUAUAUAUAAUAUUUCAAAAAUGUUACAAUAUUGAAAUUGAAAGGCAAUCUGAUUUAUAAGUUAAAAAUUGUUUUCUCAAGUUGAGUAAUGAUAUAUUUUUAAUCAAUAGGAUUUCAACUGCCUGUUACUGUCCGAAAUAAUAAUUAUUUAGAAGAAGCACAUUAAUUACCUAUUUUUUCUAUGCUUUUUAUUGAAUUUCGUUAGGCAGUAAAUAUGUAAUAAUUUUUUUGUAAUACAUAUGUUAAUGAGGGUUAUUAUUUCAUUUAAAUAAGUUAUCAAAGUAUAAAAUUAUUAAUUGUAAUUUGCUUUUUGAAUACAGAAAUAAAAAAGUAAGUAAUAGUAAAUAUGCUCACUUCUAUUUGGAGGUGUCUAUAUGAGGAAGGGGGAGAUGCAAAGAAAAACUAGUCGCCAGACUCGUAAAUAGGGUCACUUUUUAAAACUAUUUUCUUUUCGAUAUUUUGCCAGUAAUUUUUAUAUCUUCACUGCACUUAACUUUAUGAUUGUAAACAAAGAAAAAGAUUUAUAGUUAAUGGUUUAGUUGGAUAGGAAUCUUUAUAAACAAAAAGUAUUUAUUUAAUGCUUCUGGUGACCGCUCAGACAGUUUUAUGAAAGUUUUGGAAAGUCUUUUUUAAACUAACUUUUAAAAAAAAAGUAUUUUGAAGUUUAAAUUUUAAAAAUUUAAUUUACAAUUAUUAAUGUACCCACUUUCCAAAUAACUUAUUUACAUGCCACUCUUGUCCAAAUUAAUCUCUUGGAAAGAGUACUAUGUCGUUUAAGAAGUUGUCUUUUCACAAUGUUACUGAUAUGUUUAUAAAAGAUGUAUAACAAACAAAAUGCUACUAUUGAUGAACUUUACAGUUGUUUACAGUACCUACAGUUUUUCAACUUUAGUUUUUUUUUAUCUUAAAUAUUUCUAAUUUUUUAAAUAUCUAAUUAUAUUUAUUCUCUUAAAUAUUUAUGAAGUUUUUUUUUUCACUUUAUCCCAAAUGAAUAAUACAACUUAAGUUUUGAUUAUUUUUCAUUAACCCCUUAACAAUCGGUUAAUUUUCAAGAAAACUGUCUAUUU